UCGGCUAGCACGGCAGCAGCGGCAGCAGGUGGAGCAGCAGGAGGAGCAGCGGCAGGAGGAGGAGGAGGAGGAGCAGUGGCAGGAGGAGGAGGGGCAGCGGCGGUGUCCGGGGGUCCUGCUGCGUGGGCUGGCAGUCUGGGUGUGGAGGAGCUGGUGGCGGUGGUGGCGGAUGCGGAGAUGGUCCACCAGGCGCUACUCGGCCCCUUCACCCUCUCCCUCCUGGAGGUCGCCUUCCCGCAGCAACCACCCGCAACCACCCUAGCACUGGUCCAGCAAGCAAACCAAACAGCAACAUCAACACCAACAGCAGCAGCAGGAGGGCUUGAAUCCACGCCCACUGCAUCCGUAGCAGCACCAACAGCGGAAGGCAGCAGCAGCAGCAACAGCGCCCUAGUGACAGCAGCCCAGGCAGUCCUAGCAGCUCUCCAAGAAGCCGCAACCGCCGUACAAUCCGCAGGCCGCUCCCUAGCUGCCGUACUAACCGAUGAGGUGGUUGACCGUUGUGUGGUGGUUGUACGACAGCUCAAGGGCAUAACCGCCACCUACCGCAUGACCUCCAAGGGGCCGCCCUCUCGCGCCUCGCACUACGUGGGCGGGGUUUUGGCGCCGCUGCGGGGGUUGCUGGAGGGGUCUGCGGCGAAGAAGAUGGGGCAGCAGGAACAGCAGUCGCUGCUGGUUGCGCCGGUGUGCGAGGGCGUGUGCGGGCGCUACGGGCAGCUGGCGGAGGAGCUGCUCAGCUCCGUGCGCAAGACGGAGAGCAGCCUGAAGCGGCUGAAGAAGGCCAAGGCGGGAGGAGGAGGAGCAGGCGGAGAGGAGGACCCCACCGCCGCCUCCCUGCUGUCCGACUCGGACAAGAUCACGCUGCAGCUGCACCUGGACGUGUUGGAUCUGGGGGCGCACAUGGGGGUGCUGCUGGGGG